GGAAGGCGGGGCGGAGAGGGCCGGGGGCGCGGCCCUGGGCGCACCGCACUCGGCCCUGGCCCGGAGUGCGGGCUGAGGGUUAGUUCUGUCGCUUCUCCGGAAGAAUGAGCCUGGCGCCACUUCCUCGCCUGUUGGUUAGGUUCUUGCCGAGCGUUGUCGGGGUCGCCGUGUCGACGAGAAGUGAAAGGGUAGGCAGUCAGCAGGCACUAGGGACAGAGGUGCUCCAGCCGAGGAGGCGCGCGCCCUAGGGUGCAGGUGAAAUAGGGGAGGCGGGAGCCCUGGCUGGUUGUAGCCCCAAAGACAAGUCCCUGUUGCCGCUCCUGGGGACUGGACAUUCCCGGAACCGAGAGCACCCCAGCUAAAGUCUCCAGUGAAUAUUGAACUGCUGAGGAAUUUGGGAAAAGACAAAUCAAAGUUCUCAUUCCAUGGAUCCCUUAGGUGCACCUUCCCAAUUUGUGGAUGUGGAUACACUACCAAGCUGGGGUGACUCAUGUGAAGAUGAAUUCAAUUCCUCUGAUACCACAGCUGAGAUAUUUCAGGAAGACACUGUUCGAUCACCUUUUCUUUAUAAUAAGGACAUCAAUGGGAAAGUAGUUCUUUGGAAAGGAGAUGUGGCGUUACUGAACUGUACAGCCAUUGUGAACACCAGCAAUGAAAGCCUCACAGAUAAGAAUCCUGUGUCAGAAAGUAUCUUCAUGCUUGCGGGGCCUGAUUUGAAGGAAGAUCUCCAGAAACUUAAAGGUUGCCGAACAGGUGAAGCCAAAUUGACAAAAGGAUUCAAUCUAGCUGCCCGGUUCAUCAUUCACACAGUGGGACCUAAAUAUAAAAGCCGCUACCGCACAGCAGCCGAGAGUUCCCUUUAUAGCUGCUACAGAAAUGUGCUUCAGCUGGCAAAAGAGCAGUCAAUGUCUUCUGUUGGCUUCUGUGUCAUCAAUUCUGCAAAACGUGGUUAUCCUUUAGAGGAUGCAACACACAUAGCACUUCGCACUGUAAGGAGAUUCCUAGAGAUUCAUGGGGAAACCAUUGAAAAAGUAGUAUUUGCUGUCUCUGAUCUUGAAGAGGCUACUUACCAAAAGCUGCUACCUCUGUACUUCCCGAGGUCGUUAAAGGAGGAGAAUCGAUCGUUGCCGUACCUGCCUGCAGACAUUGGCAAUGCAGAAGGGGAGCCUGUGGUGCCUGAACGACAGAUCAGAAUCAGUGAAAAGCCUGGUGCUCCAGAUGAUAACCAAGAAGAGGAGGAUGAAGGCUUGGGAGUUGAUCUGUCUUUCAUUGGCUCUCAUGCUUUUGCUCGGAUGGAAGGAGAUAUUGACAAGCAAAGAAAACUGAUCCUCCAGGGACAGUUAUCAGAGGCAGCUCUGCAGAAGCAGCAUCAGAGAAAUUAUAAUCGCUGGUUAUGUCAAGCAAGAUCUGAGGAUCUAUCUGAUAUUGCUUCUCUAAAAGCCUUAUACCAAACAGGUGUUGAUAACUGUGGUCGAACAGUGAUGGUGGUAGUUGGAAGAAACAUUCCCGUAACAUUAAUAGAUAUGGAUAAGGCUCUCUUAUAUUUCAUUCAUGUAAUGGAUCACAUUGCUGUGAAGGAGUACGUAUUAGUGUAUUUUCACACACUGACCAGCGAAUACAAUCACCUGGAUUCUGACUUCCUGAAGAAACUCUACGAUGUUGUUGAUGUCAAGUACAAGAGGAAUUUGAAGGCUGUUUAUUUUGUUCAUCCCACAUUUCGUUCAAAGGUGUCAACAUGGUUUUUUACCACCUUUUCUGUCUCAGGACUGAAGGACAAAAUCCAUCACGUGGACAGCCUCCACCAGCUAUUUUCUGCCAUAUCACCAGAACAGAUCGACUUUCCUCCCUUUGUCCUUGAAUAUGAUGCCAGGGAAAACGGGCCUCACUAUACAUCAUAUCCCCCAUCACCAGAUUUGUGACCUGCCAUCUUUCAGUGCUUCUUGGUUCCCAGGAUGCCACUUCCUCCACAAAUUGCUACCUGUUGAAGUGAUAAUUCAUUUUUGCUGUACAGACCCAGAGAGCCUUUUGUCCCCACCUCUCUGGUAUUUUUUUAUUGACUGUAUAUUUUCUGGCACAUAAACAAUCUAAAAAUGGUAGGCCAUUCUGAACUGCAUACAAUUUAAAUUUGUAUAUUUAUAUCAAAUGUAAAUGUUCAUUUUUAGAUUGUCGUUAAUAGAAAUGGGGAGCAACUUUUGAGUAUCUUUAGUUUCUUGAAGGACACCAAAUUCCGCGUUAUAUAAACCACCAAGACUAUUCACAUCAUCUCUUUAACAUUGCACGCUUCCUUUGUGUACUUAAUUGAUUCUCGAAAUAUACAGAUCCAAUGUAUGCUAAUCAGAUGCAUUGUUUGCUUCAGAUCCAUGGUGUUAACACCAUGUACAUUUUAUAAAGAUAAUUUGGCUAUGUUAAAAGAGAAUUAUCUGGGACCAAGAAUGUGGAAAUGUAUCUGACAAAAACAUCAAAAUCAUUAGCAAAUACAGGACUUAGAAUGUUAAUGUACAAGUUAAGACUAAAGUUUAAGUACUGAGGUUCCUUGGAUGAUAUAAUUUGUUAAGAUUGCCACUAUUCUAAUCUCAACAGUGUGGGGAAACAAGAAGACUGUAUCUUCAGCCUUUUUCCUAUCAUCAUGGAUGAUUUGGUCUUAUUCAGAAGGACCGCACAUACUAGUACUCUUAACAGCAUCUCCCAAGACUCCAGUAGUGAGCAGAGAGUGUGCUGUCUUCCAGAGUCAUGAACGAUUUUGGUUAGCUAUUAGGUCUACUACCUCUAAGGACAUUUCAUAGCAGCAUCUCUUGAGUUGCCUGCAUCCGUGUGGAGGAAGUAUGUCACAGUGAACAAAUCCAGAGACCUGAUAAUUUGCAGACCACUUUUACCACUCAGGCUCUACUUGUGCCUUAGCUUGCUUAUGAAUAAAAAUUAGAAUUAUGCUGUCUUCCUCACAGAGGUAUCAUGAAGAUAGCAUUUAGAAAGGGCUUUGUUGUGGUGGGUUAUCUUCAGUUAGUUUUUAAAUGGGAAUAAAUAUAUAUGAGGGAAUGCUACACAGCAUUCCUCUUGUCCUUGAUACCAUUUGAGUGAUUUUUCUUUUUGUGGGGCAGCCUUUUUGUGGGGCAGGUCCUAUAAUUCACCUCCUUCCUGCUUUGUCCAGAGUCACUUCUGGCCUGCUCCUCCCUGGAUGCUGUACUUCAGUGAGAGGCAUCUGUUGGCCAUUUUAAACGUUUAUUCUUGAGUUAAGAUGAAACCAUUGUUAUUCCCAUCUGGGUAUCUUCAUACUCUUGUUUGAUUGCUACAGCCACCUCCCCAUGGCCUCAUCUUUCUCACCCCAUCAUGUGCAUCGGCAGUUGAGAGGAAAAAAGCAGAACCUUUCUGUUCCAUCGUGUGCUCCAGAUCAGUGCUUCCAAGGGCCCAUUCUUUUUUGCCCAAACCAAUUCUUCAUUGGAGAUCAAAGAAACAUACUCUCUUUAUUUACAAUAGGGAAACCCCCCUAUAGUUGCAUUAAAUUCAUCCUGUAUUUUCUCAUAUAAACAAGAAGGGGCUUUACAUUUUUUAGAUAACGGUUCUUACCUUUUGCAUGUAUUGAACACAUUGUCUUUGUGUCAGACCUCAAAUUGCUCGAUCCUUAAUACAUCUAUGUCAAGGUCGUCUUUUGUGUCCCCUAGGUUACCACAUCCAGGCAGCCAGUCAGAUGUCAGCUGUUUAAAAAAAAAACUUUCUCUCAAAUAAUACUUUUUUUUUUAACCCCUCGGGUCCUGUGCCUGAAAAGUCUGAAACUUCAACAUCAUCUUCUACCGUCAAUCGUGAGGUCAUAUUUGAGGUAUCUUUUUCACAAGGAGUAGCUAUGAAAGUCUGCCAACUUUUCCUUGUUAAAGGGGAACUUGGCUGCCUCAAGCAUCUGACCCGAACCAUUUUCUGUAUAGAUAAUAAAGUCUGUAAGCUUCUUGGCCAAUUCGAAAGGAAGCAAAUUUAUAUAUACAGUUUCUUACAGGCAAUAAUUUUGAAAGGAUGUUUCUUCGCUAUAUUCGUACCAAUAUAUUAAUGUUUAGGGACACAAGCAGGAGUCUACAUAUGCUGAGAUUUUAGUACAAUUGAUGUCCUACAGUGUAAAGGUGGCACAGAACUAAUACAUAUCAGCUGUGUUUUAUAAUUCAAUGAUGAUUAAAGAAAGAUAAGGACCACUGUUCUCACUGAAACUAAAUCUGAUGUGGGACCAAGUCCAUGCUUUUAUAGAUGGCUGAAGUGUUGUAGAAUGAAGUUGCUUUAACGUACCAAAUCCUAGAAGAGAAACAUAGUGACCUUGACAUAUGAUAAAGUAACAUUUGGUAUACCAAUUUGCCUUCGUGAAAACGUUUAGCUUGAAUAAUACAUGCCAUUUUCAAUGACAGAUUAGAGGUGAAAGGGGAGACUAGGUGGAGAUGACCACCAGCAUCCUAUGUUAAUUCAAAGCACCACCAAGUCUGUAAUUAAACUUUGGUUAUGCCAAAUGAUAAUUGAAUUUUUGAAGACACAAAUUAUAAAAUCAUGUCUUGCAUGAUUAAUAAAUUAUUUAAUAAAUAAUUUAUUAAUCAUACAAGGCAUAAUAUUUUUAAAACAAGUAUAUUCCUUGCUUCCACACGUAUUUGGGUUCUUAAUUCAUCUAUAUCCAAGCCUCUUGUUAGUGAAAAUUACUUCUUAAAAGGUAAGCCUUUAUUAGACUCUUGAGGGCAAAUGGUACAUAUUCCUUUAAUGUAUAUUAUAUUUUAUUGGCUGGUGAUUUAUUUUUUCUUUUUCUUUUUUCUUUCCUUUUUUUGGAGACAGAGUCUCGCCCUGUCACCCAGGUUGGAGUGCAGUGGUGUGACCUCAGUUCACUGCAACCUCCGCCUCCCAAGUUCCAGCAGUUCUCCUGCCUCAGCCUCCCUAGUAGCUGGGACUACAAGUGCAUGCCUAGCUAACUUUUUUCUUUUCUUUUUAGUAGAGACAGGCUUUCACCAUGUUGGCUACACUAGUCUCAAACUUCUGACCUCAAGUGAUCCGCCCACUUCGGCCUCCCAAAGUGUUGGGAUUACUGACAUGAGCCACCGCACCCAGCAUGUAUUUCCUUUUUCAAAGAAAUACAUCUGCAGUAUUUUGAGAGUAAUUAGCAGAGAAUUUUUAGAGUAUUUUUGGUAGGAAACAUAGAUUUUUUUAAAUCAAAUUUCUGAAAUGGAAAAGAUAGAAAAUAUUACUUCUUUCUAAAGAAGGAUAAGUGUAGUCACUAGUAGAAAAACAUCGCUUGCCUAUUUCUUCCUCUUUUCUGUUUGCUUGGAUAUUGUUUAAUUCAAACUGUAGGUUUAGUCUUGUCUUUGUAACAGUUAAUGGAGAAAUGAUAAAAUUAAGUAUUCAGUGUAAACUAAAGAUCACUCUUUGUAUUUCCCCUGAUACAUUGACUGUAUGUAUGUAUAUAGAGUUUAUAUUGCUUAAUAUAUAAACAGAAAUUAUUAGAAUUUGAAGUACUAGAUAAAGGAGAGUUGUGUGGUUCUAGCGACAGUGGAUUGAUUGUAUUAAGGACCAAAACAACUGCAAGAUAAUAUAAAACACCUUGAAAACUGGAGUUAGGUUUCUAUUUUCUUUUUUUAUUUUAUUUUAUUUAUUUUUUUUUUUUUUGUGAGACAGAGUCUCGCUCCGUUGCCCAGGCUGGAGUGAGUGCAAUAGUGCGAUCUUGGCUCACUGCAAUCUCCACCUCCGGCGUUCAGGCAAUUCUCCUGUCUCAGCCUCCUCUGUAGCUGAGAUUAGAGGCAUGCACCACCACACCCUGCUAAUUUUUGUAGUUUCUGUAGAGACGGGUUUUCACCAUGUUGGCCAGGCUGGUCUCGAAUUCCUGACCUCAAUUGAUCCACCUGCCUUGGCCUCCCAAAGUUCUGGGAUUACAGGCGUGAGCCACCAUGCCUGGCCAGGUUUCUGUUAUAGAUUCCUCAAGUUGUAAUCAUCGUAAUUUAUGUGCACUAGAGUGUUUUAAUUAUGUUCGCACUGAUGCUACUUGUCAUAUAACUCGUUUUGUAAUUACCUGAGACCAUGAAGAAUGAAGGAGAGCCUUACCUUACCAUAGUCAUUUUGGGUGAAUACCAUAAACUGGGUGGCAUAACAACACGUUAUUUCUUACAGUUGGAGACUGAGAAACCCCAAGAUCAAGGUGCCAUCCAAUGCAAUUCCUGAUGAGGGCCAUCUUUGGGUUUGCAGAUGAUCUGCUUCUUGCUCUAGUCUCACUUGGCAGAAAGAGAGAGAGAAAAAAACCCUAACCCUAACCCUAACCCCUAACCCCUAAGCCUAACCCUAACCCUAACCCUAACCGUAACCCUAACCCUAACACUUUCCUGUCUCUUCUUCUAAGGACAUUAAUCCCAUUGGUGAGGGCUCAACCCUCAUAACAUAAUUACCACCCACAGGCCCCACUUUCAAAUCCCAUCACUUUUUAUGUUAGGGCUUCAACGUAUGAAUUUGCAGGCGAGGUGGAGAACACAAGUAUUCAGUUUAUAACAUAUCUAUAAUCUAGGUCGUUUCAUAAACCCAGAUAUGAGAAGGAUUGCCUGGUAGGCCUAAUCAUAUAUACAUGCACAAACAUAUAUGCAUAAUCUGCUUGACUUUCCGUUCUUAGAGUCUGACUUCUGUGGUCCCUAUGUAAAGAACAUAGGGCAAUAAAUAACCUAGUUCAAGCUUGUUUCUUACUGAGCUAGUCCUUAACCAGAUGGUAUCAAGAUCAUUUUAGAUAUUAGUGACUCUCUUAUAAUUAGUUACUAACUUUAUUUUUUACACUUCCAAGAACAGCAUCUUUGAAUCUUUUCAAUUAUAGCAUGCCUUAAAUGUGUAGGACCACUGAGUUCAGGAUGAAACACAUAGAUAUACUCUAGGUAAAUCAUACUAACAAAAUCACAACUGCAAGAUGUAAUCUGAUACUUUUGUUGGACAGUAAAGAAAAUACAUUUUGUAUACACAGUCACACAUUUUUUUUGUAAUGUGUCCUGUUAAUGUAAGCACACAGUCAUCACAGACUGAGACCGGACUUUAUUAGACCAGAUCUUGUGAGCUAAGUAAGAGCUUAACGUAUAUAACUUAUUUUAAUUGCUAUUGGGCAAAGGAAACCUAAUGCUUACAAUUUGUUUAUUGAAAAUUCAGAAAGCAUUUAGGAAAACUUUGCAUUUUAAAAUAUUUUUGGCUGAUUCUGAAUUAGAAGUUAGAUCCAUUUUAAAGAGGGUCUUAGCUACACGAAUAUAGCCUAUAAAGAAUCAGUAGUGAAAUAAUAAUGUUUAUAUUGAACCCCAGGAUGAGACAUUAUUUUUUCACCAUUUACAUCAGGCCUUUCUCUAAUUACCAGAGUUAACCUAAAGAGUAGUUUAAAACCGUGAAUUUUAUUGUCAGCAUUCUCUAUGGAGACCUGGACUAGUGCUUCCCAAACUUACAUGUGCAUGUAUCAAAUCAGCUGGGAAUAUUAUUAAAUGGAGAUUUCAAUUCAGUAGUUCUGGGGCGGCUUCUGGAAUGAUCAGUUUGCAACGAGCUCUUAGGUGUUAUCAAUUCUCCUGGUCUCCAGACCACAGUUAGAGUAAAAGAGCAUAGACUGCAUUUAGCUUCCAGAUUUUCUCUUUGAAGGGAAGGAGACAGAACUAUCAUUGUAAUCCUUUCUGUGGUCCAGGCCCUACAAUAUUCAUCAUCUCUUCUAAUCCUCUUAGAAAUCCUGUGAGGUUGGUGGUAAUAGAAGUUAAGUGGCCUGCUGAAGACCACACUCCCAAGCAGGACUGUGUAGACCAGUUUUCUCAAACCUGAAUAAUGUGCAUCAUUUUUUAAUAAGGAAAAAGUCUCUUAGCCCCUCAGUUUUUGGUUAACAUAUUUAUUAUAAUGUUACCUAAAUAAUAUAUACGUAAAACUAGAUAUAAAUGCUUUAUGUUUGUAGGUCUUACACAAGUAUAAAACCAGAACAAGUUUACAGGUUGACACAAGCAAAACUAUGAAACUACUAAAAUGUAAAAUAGUAUUAAAUAUGAUGGAUGGUGAUGUAUUGACAAAAUGAAGUCAUCACUUAAACUGUGUUGAUGGUACUGAGGGCUGCAGUACAGGCUCUCUUCAGUUCAGCAGGCAUGUGCUGCUGUGUGGUGACCCAGUUCACCCUGUUUUUUUCUCUUCAGACGGUUUAAUUCGUUCAGCACACAGCGAUGUUAUUUGGUUCUCUUCUAGCCUGAAUGCACCCUUCCCCUAUUAAAACAGCCUCUGUUCUCCAUAAGCCUUCCCCGACUAAUGUAUAACAGGCCCUUAAAAAGGAAGUAAAUACAAAUGCAGAACUAAGCGCUGAAAUGGUUCUGCCAAUAUUUGGUUUUAGUAGUUAUCCAAAUCGUUCAUCACAUGAAUAUUAAUUAUUUAAAAACGUUUCAUCAACAUGAAUAAUGCUUAAUUCUCACACUUUCCUACUCCUGACACAUACACACUCCACAAGAAUUUCUCCUGGACCCCAGUUUAAGAAGCAACCGUUUAGUGGUCAGUAACAUAGUAGGCACUUCGGCUCCUGACACACUCAGACAUUGGGCCUGUUUCUCAGCCUUUUCUGAACCUCAGUGUUUUCCUGUAUUCACUGGGGAUAAUAAUAAUUGAAUUAUUAGAAGGAACAAAUGCAAUAAUGUACAUAAAGCAGGCAUAGUAGUGUUUAUAAUAUAUAUUCCAUAUAUAUAUAUUCCAUAUAUAUAUAUAUAUAUAUAUUCCAUAUAUAUAUAUAUAUAUAUAUAUAUUCCAUAUUGAGUGGUAGAAUCAGGAUUCAAAUACAAAUCUGACUCCAAAGCUCAUGCUUUUAUAAAAAAUAGUUUAAAUAUAGAAUAUCAGUGUAAAUUACUUAUUUAAAAAGUUUUUUGUCCUAUAUUUUCUCAAAAAUAUUUAUUAUCAAAUUAAUGAUUCUAUAGAGGGUAAAAUAGCUAAAUUUCCUUUUAAAGAUUGUACGAUGUGCUGAUUUCAAAUCGGCAUGAAAUAAAUACAGAUUUCAUUUAAAGGCAGUCGUGCCAGAUUGUGCUGCAGAGAAGGAAUAUUAGGACCAUUGGGCUUAGUGGUCCUAAUAUUGGCAUUAUUAAUCUCUUGCAUAUUUAUGUUCAGUAACUAGUAACACGAGAUUCUCCCUGAAUUGCCAUACAGCCUUUUUGCCAAAGAAGCAUUCCCCCCAAUCAGUAUUAUUCUGAUGUUCCAUGCCAGUUUGUGUGAAGUCGUGUACAAACAUCUUUUUUUUUUUUUUUUUUUUUUUUUGAGACGGAGUUUCGCUCUUGUUACCCUGGCUGGAGUGCAAUGGCGCGAUCUCGGCUCACCACAACCUCCGCCUCCUGGGUUCAGGCAAUUCUCCUGCCUCAGCCUCCUGAGUAGCUGGGAUUACAGGCGCGCGCCACCGUGCCCAGCUAAUUUUUUGUAUUUUUAGUAGAGACGGGGUUUCACCAUGUUGAGCAGGAUGGUCUCCAUCUCUUGACCUCGUGAUCCACCCGCCUCGGCCUCCCAAAGUGCUGGGAUUACAGGCUUGAGCCACCGCGCCCGGCCAUGUACAAACAUCUUAAUGUUCAUAUGUAAAACAUCUUUCAAAACUUUAAAACAGUUUCUAGUCAGUCUUUUUUCUUAGUUUUCUAAGAUAAACUGCAGUUCUGAAAAAUGAAGAAACAUACUAUAGGCUGAAUUUUUGUUUGUUUUGCUUUAUCUCUCUUUGGGUAAUGGGAGAAAAUACUAGGAGAGAGUUGCAAAAGAAACUAAUCUGGUAACUAUUAACAAAGAUGAUAGGUAUCAAAAUUAAAAAUUUUCUCUACUUACUGAAACAUAAAUUUGCACAAAUUAUUAAAGUAAUGGAGACACAGGAAAUGUGAGGCUGUUACUGCAUUUUGUUAAUUAAGAUUAUUUUUAAAAUAUUUCCCUUAUUGAAUCCUAGAUAACACAAUAAUUAUGGUUUAUGUUGUGGAAAUUACUGAUUCUUUCCAUUGCAGCCUCUUUUCUACAUCUUGAGAGUUUUAAGUUUACUGAAUUAAUUUCUCUCCAUAUGUGUGGGUUAUCAAGGUAGAAUAUAUCAAGAUUCUGUAAUACUUCAUAACUGCCUCUACGUAUCACACCAUAAGAAAAUUGCUCCUCUGGAUGCAAUGGCUUGCGCCUGUAAUCCCAGCAUUUUGGGAGGCUAAGGCGGAUGGAUCACCUGAGGUCAAAAGUUUGAGACCAGCCUGGCCAACAUAGUGAAACGCCGUCUCUGCUAAAAAAACAAAAACAAAAAACUACAGAAUUUAGCCAGGCAUUGUGACAUGCACCUGUAGUCCCAGCUACUCAGGAGACGGAGGCAGGAAAAUCACUUGAACCUGGGAGGUGGAGGUUGCAGUGAGCUGAGAUCGCAUCACUGCACUCCAGCCUGGGUGACAGAGCGAGACUGUCUCCAAAAGGAAAAGAAAAUUGUUCUGGUAUAACAUUUAUAGAUAUAGCCCAGUCUUCCUAAUUUUCUUCAUUUCAACCAUGUUAUUUGACUUGAGUUAGAAGCCUACUUAAAGUUAAGUUCCUUUCUCUUACUGAAUACAAAGACAUUUUUAUAUAACUUUUCUUUUACUUCUUGAAUAGAAUGACCUCUAGUCUUUUGCUUCUUUAAAAUCCAAACUUAUUUUUUAUUAGUAGGUUUAUAAGGCAUUUGACUAUUUCUUUAUGUUUUCUAGUUUAGAUGUGUCUGACAUUUACAUUUUGAAAUAAUAUAAAUUAUAAAAUGUAUUUUUAAAUAGGUAGGUUAUGUUAUCUAUCAAUUUUAUUUCCAAUAGUAAAUUAGGUGUUAAAAUUUAUUAGGAAAUUUAUUUAUUACACUGAAACCUCUUAUUUUACAAAUGAAAUGGAGGCUCAAGCUAGUGAAAGCAGGUUGGACUAAGAGCCAAAUCAUGUAGAUUCUAGGUCAUUUCAGGGUGACUUUGCCACUGAUAGCUUGAGCUGUUUGGUUGAUAACUACAUCUGCACAGCUGUUAGACUUUAACAUUUUCCCUUAUGUCCUCUAAAGAAGGGUUUUUUUAAAAAAUUCAUUAUUUAUGUUUUGUUUAGAUGACAUUUGCUUAGCCAAGUUCCAGGGGAGGACCAGAGUUUGGGGCCUAGCAGCAGAGGUUAGCAGUCAUCAUUCUGGGACUAUGAAAAUAUUUUGAGGUGGGUUUAAUGUUAAAUUUAAACAUUUGGAUUUUUGUUUUUAUACAAAUGCUCAUUUACUGUCUCAUCCCUUAAGUAGAAAUUCCUCCUUUGGGCAAAGUUAAACAGGAAAGUAGCAUUUAGAACCACUUCUUGGGCAACCAGAUAACACUAAGAAAAUGUUCACCUGAAUGUGAUGAACUUACGCCACCUAGAAAACGGCACAGACUUUGACAGUCAUACCCUAUCAAGUGCCAAAAGCAUGCCAAGGUAAGCUUCAUAAUAAAAUUAUGGAGGCCGUUACAGGAGAAAAUGCAUUUUUACCUAUGAGCUCAUUUUUCUGACAUUAAUUUGCUAGCAUAGAAAUUCUAGCUCGUUCCUGCAUGAAAUGGGCAAGAUCACAAUACAGAGAACUCUAUACUUCUUCCACUCAUUCAACAAAUCAUUACUAAGAAUCUAUAUGCUAAAAUAAUAUUAGCUGCUAUAACAAACCGUCUGAAAAUGCAUAAUGGCUUCACCACAAUAGAAAUGUAUUUUUCACAUAAAACCUAAACAGAUGUUCUUGAUGAGCAAGCAGCUCUUCUCCAAGUCCUGAUUCAGAGACCUAAGCAUCUUCAAUAUUGGGGCUCUGCCAGCUUCAACAUGUGGCUCCCAAAGGAUUCGUGCUUUUCUGCUUCAAGCUGGCAGAUGGGAAAACAGCAUGGAGGACCUGCCCACAACGUUUUUAUAUGCCAGACCUGGAGGUGGCACAUACCACUUACAUUCAAAUGCCAUUAUGUAGAAUCAGUCACUGGGCUACACAUACGUGCAAGGUUAGGAGGACAGAAAAUGUAGUCUGCGGGCCCAGGAGGAAGAGAAUAAGAGUUGGUGCUCAGCUUUCUGUAUUAAACUUUUGGCCUAUCUGCUUGGUGCUGGAAACAUAAAAUUAUAAAAGAGAUAUUCCAGCUAAGUGGAAAUAAAUUGCAACAUAGUGAAAGAAAUGCCUUACUACAGAUACAUCAAAUGCCACUUCACAGAGUAAGUCAGUGACACAUGAUCACAGUUUUGCCUCAAACAAAAUCCCUGGCAUAACUUGGGACACUGAACUGAAGCUCUUAGUAUCUUGAAUCCCUGUCACCAUGUGUGCAAAUACAGGCAUAGCUUGGAGUACAGUAUGUUCCAUUUCAAAUAACUGCAGUAAAGUGAAUAUUGCAAUAAAGCAAGUCACCAGAGUUUUAAUUUCUCAGUGCAUAUAAAACUUACGUUUGUAGUGUGCAAUAGCAUUAUGUUUUUUAAAAGCCAGUUUACAUACCUUAAUUUAAAAAUUCCUUAUUGUGAAAAAAUGCUAACGAUCAUUUGAGCCUUCAGCAAGUCGUAAUCUUUUUGCUGGUAGAGGGUCUUACCUUGUUGAUGGCUAUUCCAGGUGGUGGCUACUAAAGCUUGGAGUGACUAUGGCAAUUUCUUAAAAUCAACCAGCUAUUAAGUUUUCCACA